AUGGCCAGAAACAACAACAACAACCAAGUUCCCGAUCCCUUCCACCUCGAUCCACUCAUUCAUGCUGCCAUAGCUAACGGGCAGAAUCGGAACCGACGGGAAGGACAAGAGUCCAAUGCUGACGAGCAAGGGAGGCCAAGGCAUGAAAUCUCUCAACCUGCCAGAAACGAGCAAGCUCAAAUCCAAAACAACGAGGCUGACUCUAAGGACGGGCAUCCCACUUCCUCCUUCACUCAUACCUCCCAAAGACAAGAGACCCAGUAUGAGAACAACCAUGAGCAAGUCGACAUCCCCGAGGAUGCCGACCCUACGACCGUUCUCCUGCUCGCGGCUCUAAAAAAGAUCAACCGCCUCAUUCAACAACAGAGUGAACGAAUUGAUAAGCUGGAAAGGAAGCGACGAUCACGAUCUCCCCUGUGGAGGCACUACCGAUCACGCUCUUCCUCGUCCUCACGCUCCCCACCGAGGAGGCAUCGCCGACGUUCGCCCUCAUCUUCACGCUCUCCGCCUAAGAGGUAUCGCCGCCGAAGAUCCAACUCCCGCUCCCCUCGAUGA